AUGCUUGAAAAUAUCAAAUUAUCAAUAUUCGAGGAUAUAAUCAAUAAGGAUGAAAUCAACUCGGGGAUGGACACAACCAUUAAUCCUCAACAAUUGUGUGUUUUCACUAAGUUCGACAAAGAUGAAAUAAGAUUCAACAAUUCAUCGGGUUUAAAUGAGCUUAUAAUUCCACUAAAUUCUAAAAAGAAGUCUAAAAAUCUGGGAAGAUCCAAAAAGUACAAACCGAUUAUUGGAUCAUGUUUGACGCUGGGAUUUGAUAAAUAUAAGCAUUCCAUUUUAGAAGAAAUUUAUCUGUUGGAUGAUCUUUUUAAAUCAAUCAAGUAUUUAUAUGAUAAUAAACAACUAACUAAAAAUGAUCUAAAAAUCUUAACUUUAAGAAGGCAUUUGCAAAAAUUGAUUAAUAUCCCGUUGAAUAAACAACCUAUAAAAUUUAAUGUAAUUUAUUGGAAAAAGUUGAUUUUUUUUACAUAUGACUGGGAAGAAAAUGAAAAAGAAUUGGAAUUUGAUCAAAAAGAUUCAACUCAACAAUUACUUCAUUAUAGUGGUUUCAAGUUUGAACAAAUAAUCACUAAUCAGGAUUUGAGAAGUACGAAUUUUUUUUCAGUCUCCCAACAUAAGAUUAAUAAAAUUCCUGUGUUGUACUCUGCUGAAAUAGAUUGUGGAAUUAAAAAAGAUGAUUCAAAUUUUGAAAAUUAUGUUGAAUUGAAAACUCAUUCAAAUUACAACCCCAAGACAUUGAACAAAUUUCAUAAAAAAUUGAUGUCACUAUAUUGUCAGAAUAAGUUUAUUUCAUGCAAUCAUUCUAUCAUUGGAUUUAGACAAGAUUUUAAAUUAUGUUCAAUAAAAAAAUAUACCAAUUACGAGCUUAUUGGAAUAUUAGAAUCAAAUCCUAUAUUUCUAUCUGAUAAGUGUUUUAUUAACACUAAACAUAUUUUCACCUGGUACAAUAUAGUAAUGAAUUGGAUUGCUGAAAAAGAGAAUGAAAUAGAUAAAGAUGAAUUAGUUGUACUCAAACUUUCCUUUGAUUCAGAGACAGAAUUGAUGGAUUCAAACCUAAAUUUCCACAAGGUAAAUGAAAAAGAAUCAAAUAAAAUUUUCAAUAAAGUAAUACCACCCUGGUUUAAAGAAUUUAUUGAAUCAAAACUAUGUACAAACCCCUCUUAA